AUGAAAUUUGCCAAGUUUGUGUUCCCCGUCACAGGACAGCUGGAACAAGAACUUGUUCCCGAAUGGCGGGCAAAGUAUCUUGACUAUAAGAUCGGAAAAAAGAAGGUUAAGGCGAUCACUCGAGCUCUGCAGAAGGCGCACCGCAGUCCCAAUUUUCCGUCCCAGCGAAAUCCCACCCCGCAGAUUCGCGGCGCGAUCCACUCGUCUUCCAAUAUCGAUAAGCAACUGGAUGCGACAGAACAAGAUGCGCCUUUAUCACCGCAUCUGAGAAGUCCUGAGCGGCCAUCGACCACGCGCUCCACACCCGGGCUCAAGACCGAGCGGCAGCCGCUUCGCACUCCGGGAUCGCGGUUUUCGGAAGAUAUUGGCAGCUAUGGAAGUAUACUGGCAACGCCGCCACAUCGACGCCAUGCAGAGUCAGAUGCAGCCUCGCUUGAGCUUCCGGACCCGGCACUCGACCCAGAGGACGACUAUUUCCAGCAGCACAAUGGGGCCAACGUAGAUCACCCCAGCGCCGUCCGGACACCAUCGCCGGUGAUGAACCGACAUACCACGGGGCAUUUGAAUCCUUCACCGUCUCCGGCCAUAGCGGACCCCUCACCUGAUCAAAGGCCCCGAUCAGACCCACGGGGAAGCUACACGAGUCACUUGGGUGGAACUUUAACGAAGGUGCCGUCGAGCAAACGGACAUCGCAGCUACUGCGGCGCGUAUUUACUGCGGAGGGGGAGCCUGGCAUGAGGCGACGGUUAGAAUCUAGCGCUGGCGCCGAGCUUGACAAACGUCAAGACGAAUUCUUCGAGUUUUUAGAUAGCGAGUUGGACAAGAUCGAUGCCUUCUAUGUGAUGAAAGAGCAAGAGGCUACCGAGAAGCUCCGGGUCCUUCGCCAGCAGUUGCAUAUCAUGCGCGAUCAGCGUAUCCAGGAGGUUUUGGCUGCCAAGAGAGCCGCCAAUCCCGACAACGCGGAGGCCCAGCGACGGGCAAAUGCAUUUGCGAAACUCAAUGGUUCCCGUUUAAAAGGUACAUUCGCGGGCAAGAACCGUUUUGGCAAGAACUCGGAAGCACUGGCGGAAAUGGCGACUCCCGGCAUGCACCCCCAAGAUCAGGAUCGCGAAUUCAUUGUCAACCGGAGGGACUUUAUGCGACGGCAGGAACCACCGAACCAAGAAGUCUCUUAUCGGUCUGCUAAACACAAGCUCAAGCAUGCGUUGCAGGAGUUCUACCGCGGAGUUGAACUUCUCAAAGGAUACGCUUACUUGAACCGGACAGCUUUCCGAAAAAUAAACAAGAAAUACGACAAAGCAGUCAACGCCCGCCCCCCGCUGCGGUUCAUGUCAGAGAAGGUCAACAAAGCUUCCUUUGUGCAGAGUGAAGUGACUGAGAACUUGAUGGCAGCGGUUGAAGACUUGUACUCCCGUUACUUUGAGCGCGGUAAUCGCAAGAUUGCUGUCUCCAAACUCCGUCACACGAUGAAAAGAUCUGGCGACUAUUCGCCGAAUACUUUCCGCUCUGGACUCUUGUUGAUGGGUGGGGCUCUGUUCUCUAUCAAAGGACUGGUUGAUGCUACGUCAAAUCUUCGUUCAGACGAUGUAGCUGAGCAAAUUCGAACCAGUUAUCUGCUUCAGCUCUAUGGCGGGUAUUUCCUGAUCGUGUUUCACGUCUUGCUCUUUUGCUUGGAUUGUAUGAUCUGGACGAAAUCGAAGAUCAACCAUGCAUUUGUUUUCGAAUACGAUACCAGACACACCUUGGAGUGGCGUCAGUUGCUGGAGAUACCUUCGUUGUUCUUCUUCCUGUUGGGCCUGUUCAUGUGGCUCAACUUCUCAUGGUACAAUCACAUGUACAUCUACUGGCCCGUUGUCCUCAUUGGUCUAUCGGUCAUUAUAGUCUUCCUGCCAGCCCGUAUCCUCUACCACAGGAGCCGCAAAUGGUUUGCCUUUUCAAAUUGGCGCCUACUACUCGCUGGAAUCUACCCUGUCGAGUUCCGUGAUUUCUUCCUGGGCGACAUGUACUGUUCUCAGACAUACGCCAUGGGGAAUAUUGAACUCUUCUUCUGUCUAUACGCCUCGUAUUGGGGUUACCCGCCUAAGUGCAACUCCUCCCACUCUCGACUUUUAGGCUUCUUCCAAUGCCUUCCCUCUGUCUGGCGUGCUUUCCAAUGUAUCCGCCGUUACCUGGACACGAAAAACGCAUUCCCCCAUCUGCUCAACUUGGGCAAGUACAUAUUCGGUGUUCUCUUCUAUGCCACUCUAAGCAUGUACCGCAUCGACCUACACACACGCUUUCAAGCCUCAUUCAUCACCUUCGCCCUCCUAAACGCUGUCUACACCUCAGUCUGGGAUCUCAUCAUGGACUGGAGUCUGGGCAACCCCUACGCCAAAAACCCAAUGCUUCGUGAAGUUCUUGCCUUCCGUCGAGUCUGGGUGUACUACGCCGCAAUGAUCCUCGACGUAAUAGUGCGCUUCAACUGGAUCUUCUACGCCAUCUUCAUCACAAACAUCCAACAAUCCGCUCUCCUAAGCUUCAUGAUCUCCCUCUCCGAAGUCUGCCGCCGCGGCAUCUGGUCCAUCUUCCGUGUCGAAAACGAGCACUGCACAAACGUCCUCCUCUUCCGCGCCUCCCGUGAUGUCCCACUUCCCUACGACGUUCCCUCUCCCUCGCAGGCCCUCGACGGCGCACCGGACGGCGUCCAGCUCCAAGAACAGCACGCUGCCACUCCCUUCAUGGCACCCGGCGACGUCGAGCACGGCGCCCCGUCCACGUCCAGUAUGCGGGCACGCCAGCGCCGUCCUUCAGUCGGUAUCGUCCGCGUCGGCGAAAUCGUCGCCUCGGCCCACGCGCAGGACUUCGAGCGCAGACGUCUGCCAACCUUCCUGUCCAGCGCGAGUGUAGGGCAGGAUAUGGGACGCCAUGACGACGACAGCACGGACGAAGAUGAUGAGGCGGAUAUGAGCACGGAUGAUGAGUCGGGGUCGCACGAGGGUCAGCGGUCGAGGCCGGCUUCAGAGCGUCGAGAGACGAUGGGUCCUAUUGUUGAGUAG